GAUACUCUGCUAAUGCCUCACGAGAGAAAGGACCACCUCCAACAAGGAGCCGACGUCUCACCUUACAAGUCGCUUGUGGCGGGAUCUAUCUCGGGUGCGGUUGCACGGGCCAUCACCGCUCCGUUGGAUACGGUGAAAAUACGUUUACAGCUCCAGACAGCCCCCCUAAAAGACUAUUUGGGGGUCUCCCACACCUUCAAAAACAUCGUCCGCAAUGAAGGCGUCAUUGGUCUUUGGAAAGGAAACGUCCCGGCAGAAAUCAUGUACAUUUUGUAUGGAGCCACGCAGUUUACUUCCUACUCCAUUCUUAAUAAAGCACUUACACAAGCCCAGGAUAACGUUCCCAUCUUAAGGUUCAGCCGUCCCACACACUCGCUUAUAGUGGGCGCCGGUGCGGGCGUUUCCAGCACUCUCAUCACAUAUCCCUUUGACCUACUUCGAACCAGGUUAGCUGCAAACAGCCUGAAAGAGCUCCUUUCAAUGGCAAGAAGCAUCCGACAAAUCGGCCGCCAUGACGGCUUCCUGGGAUUCUUUCUCGGCAUACGACCGGCGUUGUUGUCGGUGGCCUCCAAUACCGGACUCAUGUUCUGGACCUAUGAACUCGCACGGCAGUACUCCAAAACCUACAAUACAAUUCCGUUUAUUGAAGGCAUUUGUGGGUUUUUCGCCGGUGCUGCUGCCAAAAGCAUCACCUUCCCCCUCGAUACCAUCCGUAAACGCAUGCAGAUGAAGCGGUUUAGUGUGGGUGCCAAUACUAUUAGUCUGAUCAGAGAUAUUUUGUUGAGAGAAGGCAUAUUCGGACUCUACAAAGGUUUUGGCAUAAGCAUCUUUAAAACAGCACCCACAAGUGCCCUAUCCAUAUAUGUAUAUGAGUAUUCACUCAGUGUUUUGCACUAGAACUUGAAUAAAUAGUCGUCGUCGUCAUCUUCUCCGUUGUGCUCAUUAUGCUCAUCAUGCUCAUCGCUCU